CUACGAGUGAGCAAGCUGCUUGAAGCCAAACGUGAAGCGAGAGAAUACCUACAACCCAAACUCACUUAUUGAUGUACGCUCUCUGCUAUACUCCAACCAAAACUUGAACUCCACUGAGAAUAUCCGCUCUCUUGACUCUGAAUAAGAAAAACAGAGAGGAACAUACUUUGCCUUAAGAAAGACAUUAUGACUAUUGUAAUGAGUACGACGUUCCAAGAAAGCCAAGAGAACAUCUCUGCUGUUGGUAUCCAUAAUGGACAUUCCUCUUCCAAUGAGCCUCUGGAUUCCGAGUUCAGAUAUACUCUGUUCACCGUCUACUAUAGCAUCAUCUUCAUUCUAGGCUUUGUGGCUAACACCUACGUGCUCUAUAUUUUUGGCCGGGUUUAUGCUAAAAAGAAAUUAAAUGAAAUCAAACUAUUCAUGGUCAACUUAACAAUAGCGGACCUGCUCUUCCUCAUCACAUUGCCAAUGUGGAUUGUGUAUUAUCACAAGAGAGGGAACUGGAUCAUGCCCUCCUUUUUAUGUAAUUUGGCUGGCUACUUGUUCUUUGUGAAUACGUACUGCUCAGUUGCCUUCUUGGGAGUUAUAACGUACAAUCGGUUCCAAGCGGUCACAAAACCCCUCACAGCUGCUCAGUCGUCGACACGAAGGCGGGGCAUUUACGUCACUGUAGCUAUCUGGAUCCUGAUAGGUGGCCCGUCUAUGUAUUUCCUCAUUGGAGAGAGCAUCAAUGACGAGAUCAUCAGCAACCAUGUUUUCAAUCGCUGCUUUGAGCGUUAUGACACCACCAAAGACAACAUUGCUGUCCUUGCCAUCCAUGUGGUCAUUUGCAUUUGCUUCUUUGCGAUCUUUCUAAUUGUCCUGAUCAGCAAUGGAUUCAUUAUUCGGACACUGCUCUCCCAACCAGUCAAGACCCAGAAGAGCACCCAUGUUAGGCAUAGAGCACUCUGGCUGGUAUCCACCGUCUUGGCUGUGUUUAUCAUCUGUUUUGUGCCUCACCACAUUGUGGACUUGCCCUGGACCCUGGUUGUUCUGAACAAAUGGGACAUCAGCCGCCGGAGCCAACAACUGGUGAAUGACAUACAUCAAGUGACCCUAUGCCUCCUUGGCACCAACUGUGUUCUGGAUCCUAUCAUCUACUGUUUCCUUACCAAAAGGUUCAGGAAACACGUUUCAGAGAGUAUCAAGAACAUAAAAGAUAGCCGCAAGUGUUCCAGGCAAACGACGGAGACCGGUGUGGAUGUCAUGGUGCCUCUGGAAGAGUGUUUGCGGCAUGCUUCCACCAAGCCUUAGAAGCCAUGCUGCGGCCUACCAAGCAGCAAGACCUUUGCUAUGCUAACUCGGUGCUAAGCACAAGCAAGCAGGGAGGCAAGAACUCUGCAAUUUGCCACACGUCUGCCAGAUGAAGCCAGUGUUCAGCUCUCGUCUCUACCCUAGGAGCAACUCCAGGAACUGAAAUGCAUUCAGGACCCUUCCUAGAAGCAUUGCCUCUCAGGAACCCGCAAGGGAAAUGCAGAAUACCUCAGCCAGCCUAGUUGUCUUUUGUGGUCAUGGAAGGAAAAUACUUGGAAUAAAUAAUGUAGGACCUCUGUUUAAAAGAUGGGCAUUAUAUUUGUGUGCGAGGACCCCCGUGGAUCUGGAAAGCAAGAGCAGGUUGUUCAUUGCACAGGGGCAAGCUUUUUUCUCCGAGAAGAGCUUAAUAUAGCAGGCAUGUUGCAAAAGGAGAGAAAUCUUCAAAGAACAGUGGUGGAGGAAGCUGUGGUUUGCUCAUCUGGCCACAGAUAAGCAGCAAAUGGCCGCCUAAUCUUAACCUUUGCUGUUCAAGAUGGAAGAUGAUGGGCCUGUGCUCACCCUCAGGAUAAUGUGAGUUGAAGUGGGGCUCUGCAAGCUGCACAUGCUCCUGAAAAUCCAGAUUUGACUGGGAAUCCAGAUCUGCCACUGCAGGGACCAGAUGGAGCCCAGAUUGGUCAGCUCAGAUCAGAUCCUAGAUUCUGAUCCAGGCUUGCUAUGGUGGUGAAGCUGGAUUCCCAGUAAAACUCCAGGUUCCCACAAAAUAUGUUGUGGGAGCCACACAUUGCUUGGGGUUCCCAGAUCCCCGCUUCAGCUCACAUUGUCCUGAUUGUGAGAACAGGCUCUGUACUGCACGGGUCUGUGUUAAAUAAAUAAACAUAUGUGACUCAAGCUUGGUGUCAAUGGCCCACAUGUUAGAAACAAUUUCAUCUCAGGAGCUUUGAGGGGAAUAUCUGAAACAUUUUCAUGUCACGGGGGAAAAAGAUUUAGACUUUUGCUCUUGAGUAACUUUUUGUUGUGGUGGUAGGAUUUUUUAAAAUACAAAAAAUGUGGGAAGACAUUAUUAGAAACUAUAUAUCACCAUCUUAAUAUUGCACGUCUGUGUAGCCUGACUCUAAUCAAGUCAAACACUUCCAGAUUUUACUUGCACGGUACAUUGCAUAUUUCUACUUUCUAGAUCCAUCACAGCAUUAACCUUGGGUUACAAUUCUGGUCAUAUUUACUUGGAAGUAAAUCCAACUGAAAUCAGUGGAACUUGCUUCCAGAUAAAUGUAGAGAUUUGCACUGGGAAUCCAGAUCCACCCCUGCAGACACCAGACUGAGCCCAGAUUGGUCAGCUCAAUCCAGGCUUGUUGUGGAGGCGAAGCUGGAUUCCCAGUAAAACUCCAGGUUCUCACGAAAUACGUUAUGGGAGCAAAUUCAAUUUAACUCAGUGGAAUUUGUGUCUUGGGUAACAUCCUUAGGAUUAGGCUGUGUCACCAAUGGGGGCUUAUUUAGUUGUAGCUGGUAUGCAGUUCUAUAUUUCGAUUUUAAAAAAUGUAUUAGGAACAUAGGAAGCUGCCAUAUACUGAGUCAGACCAAUGGUCUAUCUAGCUCAGUAUUGUCUUCACAGACUGGCAGCAGCUUCUCCAAGGUUGCAGACAAGAAUCUUUCUCAGGCUUAUCUUGGAGAAGCCAGGGAGGGAACUUGAAACCUUCUGCUCUUCCCAGAGCAGCUUCAUCCCCUGAGGGGAAUAUCUCACAGUACUCACACUUCUAGUCUCCCAUUCAUAUACAACCAGGGUGGACCCUUAGCUUAGCUAAGGGGACAAGUCAAUCAAUCAACCAUCUUUAUUAUGGUCAAAGACCAGCACAGGAUAUAGUACAGAUACCAUGAAAUAAAUAAUCACGUGGCAAUUACAUUAAUUACAUUAAAAUUAUUAUAAACCAGAUUAUCUUGAAGUAAAGGUAAAGUGUGCUUACGAAUCAGUUUUGACUGCUGGUGACCACAGAACCCUGUGAUUGUCUUUGGUAGAAUACAGGAGGGGUUUACCAUUGCCUCCUCCCACGCAGUAUGAGACGGUGUCUUUCAGCAUCUUUCCUAUAUUGCUGCUGCCCGAUAUAGGUGUUUUCCAUAGUCUGGGAAACAUACCAGUGAGGAUUCAAACCAGCAGCCUCUGGCUUGAUAAUCAAGUCAUUUCCUCGCUGUGCCAUUAGGUGGCUCUUGAAGUAGGCAAAACUAAAUUGUUGGACUCUGCUUAGCUAAGGGGACAAGUCAUGCUUGCUACCACAAGACUUUUCAAAAAUGGCAGUGGAAAUGAGACCUCCGGGGAGGAGAUCUGUGUGAUGCUGGAUGUCUUGCUCAUCAAAGCGCUGGGGGACACUCACCACUGGUGAGCUGGCAAGUGGAUUUGUAGAAGCCAGCCCAAAUGAUGACAAAUAUAAGUCAAUCAUCAAAUGACUUGGGUAGGAACACUUGAUUUGGGACUCUCUCACAUAAGGGCAGCUCCAUAGCAAAUAGUAUUGCUGCCUAUGUGUGUGUUUGCGCAGCCAAAACACCUGAGUACAUGCUUCUGGGAACCCUCCCUGAUUGAGCAGAAGGCCUAGAUAACUAAGGGAGGGCAGAGGUUUAUGAAAAGCUGCAUACCAUGGAGGAAGUGGAUCAUAAUCAGGACAAAAAGAUUCAGGACAAAAGGAAAUACUUCUGAACACAACACAGAAUUAAUGUAUGGAAUUUUCAGCCACAAGAUGUGAUGGCCACUCGCUUAGAUGGUUUAAGAGGAGGUUCAUAGAGGGAGCGCUAGCAAUGGCUGUUACCCAUGACAGCUAAUCAAACCUUCAUGUUCAGAGGCAGUAUGCACGGAAUACCAGUUGCUGGAGAGCCGGAGAGAACUACUGCCUUGAAGCCCUAACUAAAUGUGGGUUUCCAAGAGGCAUCUCUGUAUGUUUAGCUUGUGAGUUCUUACAUGGGUAUUGAAAAAUUAUCUUCUAGGGUGGCUUUCUGUGUGGGGAAGAAGAGAUGCUUGUUCAUAUGGCUAUGUUUUAUUCUCUUUCAUUCAAGGGAACUAGGCAACCCAAGGCCCCAAGAUUUCUCCAAUGUUUACAUAUGUUCAUAGCAUUAAAUGUCAAGUAUUACAUGGUUAAAACCUAUGAGGUCUCAUGGUUACGACAGCCACUGAGCUUAAAAACCUCAGACUUUUGUAAUGAGUGUACAGACAGUGAUUACAUACUGCAGCCAUGGGGUGAAAUGAAACAAACCCCAAGUUUUACUUGUUGGCUAUUGUAUCUGGGCUUACUGUGAUUUUCUUUUUAACUCUACAAUCUAGUGUUACAGCAAUAUGUAAGGAUCAUGCCGGAAGUGUCAAGGCAAGAUAAUUUGGGAUAGAACCAAGCCUCUGUGGGAAAAAUUUAUUUUAUUAAAAUAAAGUCUGUAAAAAUAUU